AAGAUUUUUACCAGUAUAACAAAUGUCAGAUUUCCACAAAGUUUUUAUAAUAUUAUGAUUGAAUUUGAUUUUUAAUUGAUUGAGCGUGCUGAUUUUCUUCUCUUUUACAAAAUGUUUAGGUUCUUAUUGACAAGAACUCCUAUUUUUUCAAGAAAAUUAAUUGAGUCUCAGAAUGCAGGAAUUAUAAGAAGUAUAUCGGCGGUCGCACGGAAUCCUGAAGAAGUGGCUAAUGUACAGAAAUUGAUAAAAAUUGCUAUCAUUGGGGUACCAAAUUCUGGCAAAAGUACCCUUAUCAAUAAAAUAGUAAACCACAGAAUUUGCCCCACGUCUAGUAAGGUUCACACAACUAGGACAGCUUCCAGGGCAGUAGUUAAUAAGAAGGGAGCACAAAUGAUCUUUUACGACACUCCAGGUUUGGUGACAACGCAUGAGAUUAAGAAGCAUCACUUAGAGACAUCCUUUAGCUCAGCUAGCCGACACUCGAUUCAGCAUUCAAAUAUAAUUGGCGUUGUUCACGACGUAUCAAAUCACUGGACAAGAAAUCAACUUCCCCAAAUGGUUCUUGAAACACUCAAGUGUUACAGUCAUAUACCAUCUUUUCUUGUACUCAAUAAGAUCGAUAUGUUGCGAUCAAAGAGAAUUCUUCUUGAAUUAGUGGAUACAUUGACGAUGAAUUGCAUUGAGGGGGUUGUUCAAAAAGAUAUCAAAGAGCCCCAGAAAGAUGGUGAAAAGACAUCAGGAUGGAAAAAAUUCUCCAAUAUUUUUAUGGUGUCCGCUUUAACGGGAGAUGGUCUACAAGAUAUACAAAAUUUUCUUUUGACAAGAGCAAAAAUUUCCCCAUGGGAGUUUGCUGAUGGCACUAAUACAGAUCAAUCAAGUGAGACACUAAUUCAAGACACAGUACGAGCCAGACUCCUCGAUUUUCUCCCACAGGAAAUUCCCUAUAAUCUACAUACACAGUUAGAGUACUUCAACCAAACGGGCGGUACCAUUUAUGCAUCUGUCCAAAUUACCUGCCCAAGUCCGAGGAUUGAGAAGCUUGUGUGCGGCGAGGCGGACGGGAAGUUGACGCAGAUUACAGAGAGAGUGAGCUCAGACCUUGUGGAGACAUUUCGUUUGCCAGUCUCCAUCACAAUUAGUACAUGUACCCCACGACCCCAAUAUUUACUUAAAGGAGAGAGAGGAGAUCCCGCGGAAGCGAUCAAAGUACAAAUCAUGGCAAUGUUGGGUGUUCAUGUCUUUUGUACGCAGCAGCAGCAACGAAGAAUCCACCUUCGGGCUGGCUAUAAAUUCAACAGCGGGAUCCAAUUGGGAGUCAGUUCCGUGCUAGCAGUCACAAUCUGUGCCUGGGUUACAAAACGGAAUCGUGUGGUGAAAUCUUUGUGUGUUUUAAAACACCCAAAAUCAAAAACGUGGAAAAAUGCCCGUUGCGGAUAUAAUUAGCCUUUGAAGAAUUAGUUGGUGUUGCUUGUUUAUGAUCCAAAAGGAGGUUUGCCGAAAGGAAUAAUCUCCGCGUGAAUUGUUAUUUGUGAGUGAUGAAAGUAAAGUACGGGGGAACAUGAACUGCAGAACCAUCGAGAAGAUUGUCUAAUAAAGUCGCAUUAGGCAGCUGGUAUACUUGCGCGGAUUCGGCAUCAAAGAAAGAUAAAUACUG